AUGAGAAGUGUUCUUAACGUAGCCGUUAUUGCCAUUAUAAAUCCAGACGACAAAAAUAAAGAUUAUCCGACAUACCCUGAAUGGAAACCAAAGAAGAACCUGAUGUUAUCCUCUUUUUUCUGGGGCUACAUCUGUCUACAAAUUGGAGCCGGCCAGCUAGCGAAAAACUACGGUCCCAAACGAUUUUUAUGCUGUGCCAUCUUUAUUACAUCGUUGUUUACUAUACUAACGCCAGUACUAGGAGGAGUACUAGGUCAAGCUUUAGGAAAUGUGUUUUCGAUGCCCAUUACAGGCAUAAUUUGUAAUUCCAAAUUAGGAUGGCCAGUAGCCUUUUACACGUAUGGUGCCUUAGGAAUUUGUUGGUGUAUCUUAUGGAUACUUUUAGGAGCGGAUAGUCCAUCCAAGCAUAAAAGUAUAUCUAGAGAUGAGAAAGAUUUUAUAGAAUCAUCAUUAAUGAAGGAAGAAGAUAUCUCGGAAAUUCCAACACCAUGGAAAUCUAUUUUUACUUCUCUACCAGUGAUGGCUAUAAUAGUUACUCACUGUGGACAAAAUUGGGGAUUUUGGACUUUGCUUACUGAAAUUCCAAGUUUUAUGGAAAAUAUAUUACAUGAAAAUAUAUCCUCGAAUAGUCUUCUUUCUGCAUUACCAUACUUCGUAAUGUGGUUUAUGACGUUGGUAUUCAGUCCUAUAGCUGACUUGGUCAUUGACAAAAAAUUCGUCAGUGUAAUCACCAGUAGAAAAAUUUUCAAUUCAAUCGGACUGGCAUUUCCAGCUGUGGCUUUAAUAUCGUUAUGUUUUAUUGACACCAAAUGGAGUACGAUAUCCCUAUUGGUUAUUGCCAUGGGAUUCAACGCUGCCCAGUAUUCCGGUUUUAACAUUAAUCAUAUAGACCUAUCACCUAUUCAUGCUGGUACUCUCAUGGCUAUCACAAAUAGUUUUGCUACAAUUUGUUCCAUUUUGGCACCAUUGGCUGUAGAUUUGAUCAGAAUUAUAAGUGGUUUUGAAGAGAAUGAUAAAACCUUAUGGAAUAUCGUAUUCUGCACGACAUCUGGAAUCUACCUAUUUGCUAUGGUUUUCUACAUUUUAUUUGCUUCUGGAGAUUUACAACCUUGGAACUUUAGUGAUCCUAAAGUUGCCGAAAGACCAUCAGUUCAAGACAAAGUGAAAUUAAGGAUUUUACGAAAGAUAUCAGUUAUUUCCACAGCCUAAUUGUUUUGUAGAAAAAUCUCAAUUAGAAUAUUAUUAACUUCAUAGUUUUGUGUAAAAAAAGGAUUGCACAUUUGUGAAAUAUUAAAGAUUGUGGAGUGAAGUAGACACCAUUUUGGUUUAUUCUUAAAGACUUGCUAUUUGUUGAUUAGAAAUGUGUUAUUGUUUGUUAUUUAUGGUAAAACCUUUAAAGAAGAAUUUAUAUACAAGAGUUUGUUAUUUAUGGUAAAACCUUUAAGUAAAACAUUUCCUACUGUAGGGAAGAUUAGGGCAAAAUGGUCCCUCUCGGCAAAAAAAAACCGUUUUUUUAGGCUAGAAAAAACAAAAUACUAAAUAAAUAAGUACAGUUUAAUCAGACAAUAAGUGGAGUAUAGCAG